CUUGUUUGUUCUGGGUGGUUUAAAAACGAGCUGUUUGAAACUUCAGUUUGUGAAUGUGAACUAGGCCAGAAAUGAGUAAAGAGAGUGAAGAAGAGCCUUUGGGAAGGCCACCCUCUCCUGGUCCCAGCUGUGUGUCCAUGAAGUCUGAUGCUUCCAUAAACCACCCAGUCAACUUCAGAGGAGAGGAGGGCACUACUGCACACAGAAGGCCAUCCUCUCCUGGUCCCAGCUGUGUGUCCAUGAAGACUGAUCACUCCAUAAACCACCCAGUCAACUUCAGAGGAGAGGAGGGCACUACUGCACACAGGCCACCCUCUCCUGUUCCCAGCUGUGUUUCCAUGAAGUCUGAUGCUUCCAUAGACCAGCCAGUCAACUUCAGAGGAGAGGGGACUACUGCUCACAGAGCCCAGACCCCCAGAGCUCCAUCUCCAGUGCCCAGCUGUGUGUCUAUGAAGAGUGACAGAUCCAUGGAUAAGCCUCCCAGGUUCAGCAAUGAUCCAGUGCUACCACAUCCACAAAGGCCAUCCUCUCCUGGUCCCAGCUGUGUGUCCAUGAAGACUGAUCACUCCAUAAACCACCCAGUCAACUUCAGAGGAGAGGAGGGCACUACUGCACACAGAAUAUCCCUUAAGAGGUCUCUUGUGCCCUAUGUUGGUCUCCUGAAUCCUUCAACCGAUGUUCCACCAGUGUCUAAGAGAAAGCGACCCAGUGAACCCCACGGGGAAGUGAAGCAGAUCCAUAAAUUGCAUCUGCAGCAAAAGUUCCAGUGUCUGCUUGAGGGCAGCGUAAAGCAAGGAAACCCCACUCCGCUCUGUAAGGUCUACACAGAUCUCUACAUCACAGAGGGGGCAAGAGGAAGGGUAAAUGAUGAACAUGAGAUCAGACAGAUAGAGAGAGCAUCCUGGAGAGAAGUAGAUCCAGGCAGGCCAAUUGCUUGGAGUGACCUCUUUAAAACUGGUUCUGGGCGAGACAAACCCAUCAGAUCAGUGCUGACGAGGGGCGUGGCUGGCAUCGGAAAAACAGUCUCUGUGCAGAAGUUCAUUCUGGACUGGGCUGAAGCGGAAACCAACCAGGAUAUCGACUUCGUAUUUCCUCUUCCUUUCCGAGAGCUCAACCUGAUAACGGAAAUGAAACUCAGUCUGGUCGAUCUUGUUCAGGAGUUUUUCCCAGAUGUGAAAAGUCAGCAAAUCCUCACCAAUUCAGCACACAGAGUUUUGUUCAUCUUCGAUGGUCUGGAUGAGUGCCGACUUCCUCUAGAUUUCCACUCCAGCCCAAUUUGUUGUGAUGUGACAGAGCCAGCCUCAGUGGACGUGCUGCUGACAAACCUCAUCAAGGGAAGCCUGCUUCCCUCUGCUCUCCUCUGGAUCACCACCCGACCUGCAGCAGCCAAUCAGAUCCCUCCUGAGUAUGUUCAUCAGUCGACAGAGAUAAGAGGAUUCAACGACCCAAAGAAGGAAGAGUAUUUCAAGAAGAGGAUCAGUGAUCUGAAUCAGGCCAGCAGAAUCAUCACACACCUGAAGUCAUCCAGGAGCCUCUACAUCAUGUGCGAGAUUCCAGUUUUCUGCUGCAUCGCAGCCACUGUUGCUGAGGUAAAGUCAGAAGAGUCGGGUAAAGUGGAGAUGCCAAGAACCAUGACUGAAAUGUACGCUCACUUCCUUGUCAUUCAGACCAACAUAAAGAAGGCCAAAUACACAGGGAGAGAGGUGACCGAAGAGGAGAUGAUUUUCAAACUGGGGCAACUGGCAUUUCAGCAGCUGGAGAAAGGUAAUCUGAUAUUUUAUGAGGAGGACCUGAGAGAGGCUGGCCUUGAUGUUUCAGAAGCAUCCGUGUACUCAGGAGUCUGUACUCAGAUCUUCAGAGAGGAGACCAAAAUGUUUCAAGGGCGGGUGUUCAGCUUUGUGCAUCUCAGCAUCCAGGAGUUUCUGGCAGCAUUAUAUGUCUUCCUCUGCUUCUGCAACAGAGAGGGAAACAUGUCUGACGAAGAGCAAAGUGCUCAGCUCUCUGCUUUAUUCAGAGUUGCAACCCUUCAGGACCUGCACAAGACUGCAGUGGAUCUGGCUUUGCAGAACAAGAAUGGACACCUGGACCUUUUCCUUCGCUUCCUCCUGGGCCUCUCACUGGAGUCCAAUCAAAAAAUUCUGAAAGUCCUCCUUCCAAAGUCUAGCAGCCAGGCACAAAUCUCACCCCUACCACACGCCAGCCAAUCACAGAGCUCAGAGCAAACAGUCCAGUAUGUCAAGGAGAAGAUCAGGGAUCCAAGUUGGUUUGAAAGAAGAAUUACCCUGUUCUACUGCCUGAACGAGCUGAAUCGGCAUGCUGUAGUGGAGCACACCCACAGGAGCUUGGGAACUCUGUCUGUGGACGUGCUCGUGCCAGGAAAGUGGGAGACUAAGAAGUUUGAGUUUAAAAUGUCAGAAGUGCAGCUGGAUGGGUUUGACCUGGAGCAAUACGUGAAGACCCCAGCUGAAGAUCAAACUGAACUCCUGAGCCCUGGGGAUGUUUUGCAGAGACUGGUGCCAGUGGCCACAAUGUCCACAUCUGUAAGGUUAAUACAUUUCAACCUUUCAGAGGAGUGCUGUUCCUCUCUGGCUUCUGCCCUGAAAUCACCGUCAUCACGUCUCACACAGCUGAACCUGAGUGAGAAUAAGAUCUUUGACUCGGCAUUGCAGAUCAUAUGUGAUGGGGCUCGACAUGACAACAGCAAACUGGAACAGUUUCUGCUGAAAGGCUGUAACCUCAGAGAGAAGGACUGUUCCCACCUGGCCUCUAUCCUGACAUCACAGUCUUCGAGUAUAACAAAGUUGGACUUGAGUCAAAAUGAGCUGCUGGACGCAGGGAUGAAACAUUUACGCUCUGGACUUAAACAUAAGAACAGCAAAUUGGAGAUACUGGAACUUAGUUACUGUGAGCUGACAGAGAAGAGCUGUCAGCAUCUGGCUUCUGUCUUGACUUCACAAUCCUCACGUCUCCGUGUGCUCAACCUGGGUAACAACAAUCUACUGGACUCAGGAGUGAAACAUUUGUGUCGUGGCCUUCGUCAUCAAAAUUGCAGGCUGGAGAGAAUGCAGAUAAACAAAUGCAAUCUUACAGAGAAGAGCUGUUCCUUUCUGGCCUCUGCAUUGACCUCACCCGUCUCACAUCUGACACAUCUGGAUCUGAGCUACAACGAGCUGAAGGACUCAGGAGUGGAAAUGCUAUGUUCAGCUGUUUGUGAUGAAAACUGUAAACUGGAACAAUUGGAGCUACGUAGCUGCAAGUUGACCGAGGGUAGCUGUAAGCUCAUGGAGGACAAAUGUUUCACUCUGGCGUCUGUUCUGACCUCAGACUUCUCACGUCUCACACACCUCAACCUCAGUAGCAACAAGCUAAUGAACUCUGGAGUGGAACUUUUAUGCUCUGCGCUCAAGCACGAGAACUGCCUACUAGAGAAACUGCUGUUGAACAGUUGUCACUUCACAGGGAGGAGCUGUUCCUAUCUGGCCUCUGUCCUGACCUCACACUCCUCAAGACUCACACACCUGGACCUGAGCUACAAUGAGCUGCUGGACUCAGGAGUGGAACAUCUAUGUUCCGGUCUUCGUGAUGAAAACUGUAAACUGGAGAAGCUAGAGUUGUGGAAGUGUAAGAUGGCAGAAGAGAGCUGUUCCCAUCUGGCCUCUGUCCUGUCCACGCCCUCCUCAAGGCUAAGACAGCUGGAACUGACUAACAAUCGACUUCAGGACUCUGGAGUGGAACUUUUAUGUCGUGGUCUAAGCCAUCAAAACUGCAAACUGGAGAAACUACAGCUUGAUAGCUGUAAGCUGACGGAGAAGAGCUGUUCCUUUCUGGCCUCUGCCCUGACAUCACACUCCUCUUCACAUCUCACACAGCUGGACCUGAGCAACAACUGUCUACAUGAGGCUCAUGUUCAGCCGCUCUGCACUCUCUUGAAGGAACCCACAUGCACAUUGACAGAACUAGAGUGGAGGGGCAAGUGAGCAGUAACUGUGUCUUCACUCUGGUUAUCGCGAUUUCUCGGUUCAAUACAAUAUCGUUACAGCCCUGUCUACAACAGUGGGACCCCUAGGUGGCUCACAGCAUCACUGCAGGGGGGUCAUGGAGAGAAGGGACUCUGUGCAUAAAAGCUUGAAUAUACAGUAUAUUGACAUAAUAUAACCAUCACAUAAGCUUUCAGUAAUAGUAUCCACAUGUAUGGUUUAGAAAUGUAUUUUCCUUUCUUGUGAUUUUCACUUUAAAAUGUAGCAACACCAGUGGACUAAAGCAUAUUUGGCGUUUGAAUACGGGAGGUGUGUGUGUGUGUGUGUGUGUGUGUGCGCGUGUGUGUGUAUGCGUGUGUGUGUAUGUUACCAAAAUGUUCUCUGGUCCAAAGUACACUGAAUAAAGACCAAUGGGCCAUCCCCUCUAACUUGGGGGCUGGUGUGGAGAUGAGGAUUUUCACUGUCUUAAAACACACAUUUUAUCUGCUUGCUUAUCUACAUUAGUUCUAAAUACUAUCUAAAAACUGUUUGAACUUAGUUUUUUUUAAUCUCAUAUGUGCUCUCUGUGUUUUCUAUGUCCUUUUUAUGUUCUUGUGUGACUGAAUUAUACAAUUCACCUGCCUUUAAUAUCUACAUAAUUAAUAUAAAUGAUUUUAAAAUGUAUUUUAUCUGCUCAUGACUUAAAGGUACACUGUGCAGAAAAUGGUCAAAAAAGGUGCUGCAACUAUGCUGCCCAUUGAAACUGGGCUGCCUAUUGCCAAAUUUGAUCUUUGCAUGAAAGUUUACUAUGUAAUAAACUAAUAUUCUAGUGUGGCCCAAGUACAGCCAUUUUUGCAGCCAAAAAAUGGCUAUUUCUGGAAAUUCAAAAUGGCGGACCAUGGAGAAGAUCCCCCUUUUCAUGUAUGAAAAGGGCAAUUUUUCCAGUCAUAAUGAAUACUUUGAAUUUGAUGAUGGUGCUAAGUAUUCAAAAGGUAACAUUAGUGAACUCAACAAAGGAAGAUGCUAUCUUUUUGCAGUUUGGGUAAUAGGCUAUUGGGCCUAUUAAGUGGUAGGGAAACCAAAGUAGUAAUUACCCAUCUCAGACACUGGUCAGGAACAUCUCCUGAAAGUCCCAGAAUGCAGAAGGCAUUUGAAUAAAAUACGCCUUACCCAAUUGUUUUGUCUAACUGGUACUUUUAUACAUGAAUUGUCAGAAAAACAGCUCCUGUAGGAUUUUUUUGUGCUCAAAUAGAUUUGUUAGUUUCAUUUGCCUCUUUGCAAAUGUUUUUCUAUAUUUCCAAUUCCCUGCCCCCCUAAAUUUCCUUUUUCCGUGUCACCCAGAUGAAAGCUGGAUGUUUGUAAUGAAAAGACUGUGGGCAGUGAAAUUCUGGAGUGUUGAAGAAGUCCAUUUGCAGUGAUGUGUCGAGUCCCCUUGCUUUCACCAACAUUAUCCAAGGGGUGAUGUAGUCUGUGUUGUUUAUAAUCCCACCAGAAACGGGGGAU